UAUUGCGGGGUUUGGUGCCCGAAGGCUUCGCUGGGCACUCACCCUUCUCCAUGUUCAGGUGGGCCCACUGCCCGUGUGGAACGUUGGGCGAGCCCCUCAGCAGAUAUUGCUGCGCCAGCUGAUGGUGAGGUUUCCGCGGCUGGCCUUUUCCUGCAGCAGUAAUCGCUUGACUUUUGGCGACCGUCUCACCAACGCAACGAACAAUUGCCCGCUGUGCUGCUGCUCGCCCAGUGCUGCUACUGUAUUCUAA